GAUGACGUUCACUGGUACUGUCAAAAACAAGCUCUCGCUAGUUUCGUUUCGGUGCUCGCUACGAAUAUGACGAAUUUGUCUACAGACUCUCGCUGGUCUGUUAUUGGUUUCGUUUCUACUGUUGUUGAUAUUGAUAUUGCUGCCUGAAUCGUUCAGUUGCUUGAAGCUUGAAACGUGUAGUGACAGCUAGAAGAAGUAACAGCCAAGUGCGACAAGGGUAGAGUAUCCACACGCGGUCUUCUGCAUAGUUGGCAACCAUAGUGAGAGUGAGUGAGAACAAGUCAAAGCUGAUUACGUAGACCCCUCGGUGAGGGUUCAGGCACCAACACUUUCGCGUGACGAGGGGCUACCUAUCUCUUUCGAGCCAGUAUCGGCAAAUAUGCGGUAAAAGGGAUAAGAAACCUGUUCAUUAGUAUGGAUUAGUUUUCUACCGUUUAUAGUGCUAUUUUUUCCUGUAGAUCGCUCUGCUCGUAGUGACGGAGCAGUAUACGUAAGAGAAACAAGACGUUUAGUGGAUCCGAUUUCAAGGUCACUCAUCGGUUGGACAGAGGGGUGCCCAAGCGGAGUGAAUUUCCCCAGUUUCCGAAUAAAUAUUUUCCCCGCGCACCAGCGCGUGGAGAAAUUCUGUGUAUUACCCAAACCGGUACCAACGCCGCCCUUACUGGCUAGAAGAAGGCAGGAAACUGCCACCACGGAAUUUCAAACUGGCUGGGAACUCCCGAGGGUUGUGGCAUCUGAAGCAGGAAGCUAUGGACAAUAUGGUCGAGGAGAAUGGAUCAUCCUCGCUAGAUCCGUUGGCCAGCUCGGAACAGCACAACAACAGCAGUUCAAGCUCGGUAGGUGGAGCCGGAUCGGCUAGCAACAAUAACAACAGUUCCAACAAUACCGAAAACCUAAACUCGUCGCCAAACGUCGUACAAAUCAUACCGGCAUCGCAAAGCACCGGUGGUGGUGUACAGGCACAUUCAGUGAUACAACAGAACCAGCAGUCGGUGAUACAGACGGCGGCCGGUCAGAUACCCACGUUACCCAGAGGCGUAUUAUUAGUGUGUAACAAACCCAGCUCAGUAAUUCACACCACACAAGGUAGUUUGCAGGCUAUACAGAUUAAACCAGAGCCGAACGUUGGCAGCGGCGGAAGUAUAAUGACAGACACCAACAGUGACGACACGCUGUCGGACGAUGAGACGCCCAAGAAGCGAAGGGAUUUACUAACUCGACGACCAUCCUAUCGUAAGAUUCUGAGCGACCUCGGCGGAGCGGAAAUUGCAAAUGCCCAAAGUCCAGACGGCCCAGGACUGCAUGCGAUAGCAGCAACCGGCGGUGGCGUAGUGCAAUAUACCCAGGCCCAGGAUGGUCAAAUUUACGUACCUCAUCUCUUUCCCAAUGCAGUCAUGGGCGGCAACGUGCAGCUGGAAGACCAGUCACGCAAACGGGAGAUGCGCCUGCAGAAGAAUCGAGAAGCGGCACGUGAGUGUCGACGCAAGAAGAAGGAAUACAUCAAGUGCCUGGAGAAUCGAGUGGCCGUAUUGGAGAACCAGAAUAAGGCCUUGAUCGAGGAACUCAAAUCCCUGAAGGAGCUCUACUGCCAGCAGAAGAACGACUGAGAAGGACCGGACGAAACUACUACCGUUGUUACUGUUGUUACUUCUGCCGGCCGGCGAAGGGACUUCAGCAGUCCCGUCUCGAGGUAGAAACUACCAUCGAAUAGGUUUAUUAUUUUGUACCAUGCAAGUGUCUCUUGGUAGACACGGAAAUUUAAAGAGAUAGAGCGACCGAGGGAAUAAUAGGAAAAGUAAAACGAAGCAAACCUGUAAAAGGCACGAGGUAAAAAAUAUUCUCCCUUGGUGUCGAUUAGAGUGCAGGACACAAACACACAUUUUAAGAUCCAUCCAAGAAACAUUUACACAAACAGGAAAACUGAAAAUUUAACUUUUAGAGCACCCCACUGGAUAAUGCCAUAUGAGGAAAAGAAAUAUGUUCUUAGUCUAUUGAAAGGCAGGAUAUGCAUUAAAAAUGCAUAAAAACGCAUACAAAAUAAUAGACGUUUUACUUGGUGUUCAGGGGGUAGCGCUUAACGAGUGUCCAUGUUUCUAUUCUUUUUUCUGUUAGUAGCAUUAGGAAAACAUAUUGUACAGUGGAUGAAACAAAACAAAAAAUUACACAAAAAACAAUGUUUGUUGUAUUUCUUUAUAGUUGUACAGAAAGAUAGCGCUGUAAUUUGUAGCUCUUUGAACGGUACCUAUUCAGCGCUGUUUCAAAUUUUUUGGAUUACUAAAUUAAUCAAAUAUGUGGAGAAGGAUGACUACCGCCGUCAGAAAGCUAAGCGCGGAGAUCGUAGAUUAUUCAGUGUGAUGAAUCCUUUUCCUUUCCUCAAAGAGGUCAACGAACUACUCGACGAUUGUUGUGUCUGUUUAACAAUCAUCGCUAGGGACAGAAUUAAAUGCUUUGUCUGUUUUCUGUUUUUUUGAAACUGAUUACUUAUGUGUGCGAGAAAAGCACACUUUGUGACACUGUAAAAUAACUUUAGCGAAAAAAGAAACGAAAAUACUGAAGCAAGAUUAGCAGGAUGCAAAGGUGGAAACAAAAACUUAGGGCAAAGGUAAGGAACCCCUACUGGUAAAGAAUGUUGCUAAAGGCAAAUGUGUACAUUUAGAGAGAUAAAAAGAGGAAAACUAAUUUAAGAGAAAACCAUUUUUACUUAUACACAAGAAAUACCUAUAUAUUGUAUGUAAUGACGUAAGAAAGAUAUAAAAUAAUAAAGAAAACUCUAGGAGGCGAAUUUUUACUAAGAAACUAAACUGAAUUGAGUGAGGUGAAUUUUCUGAACUGUGGGUUAAGAAAUUUACGACGAUAUCAAAAAGGUAAACAAUGAAAAAUGCUAUUUUUCUGCAUACAAAAAAAAAAAACAAAACAAAACAAACAUACAAAACUAGUGUAGCAGCAUUUGUGCUGCGUUUGAUUUACACAAUACUAAGUCCGGCACCGAAAUUUCUGUGUCUCAAAGUUAGUAACAAGAUAGCAGAUCUUGUGAGUGUCAAAAUGGAACAUUUUUGGACCACAGUGGCACCAGAAUCAAUCACGUGUAGUGCGUGAGACGAAUGCCGGGAGACAGAAAAAAUACAAUUAUUUGACGUCAAGUAGCUAAAUUCCAACCAACAAUGGAAGAUACUGUUAAUUGAGAAAGAAAACAAAUAUAAAUAAAUUGAUGAAAG